AUGGCGCCGUCCAAGCCAGUAUUGGAGUGGCCGCCAGAUGACCAAGAUGAGAUAGACCGUAUCCAACUGCUUGGUCGACUAGCGUAUGAUCUGACCGCUGCCAUUGAUCAGGAUGGAUGGUGUGAAAUUCGUAUGGCUGAUGAUGCCCUGGUGCGAAACGCCGCGAUUUCUGAAGCCAGGGCACUGCCCAAUUUCGCAAGCCCGCGUGCCGAGCUGAUGCCAGAUUUUUUCGGGAGAGAUGGCUCCGGCAAAAUGGCCACUCUGCAAGAGAACAUCAGAAACAGUGCUAUUUCUGACUCCUGGGCCUUAUCUGAAUUGGAUGCCGAACUGACAGCGUUGUGCAAAGUCAUAGCGCCGCUGUCGCCUCAAGCCUUGGGCUUCAGCUGCGCCGGACGGCGCAAAGGCAUGGUAUGGAUGCCUUUUGGCGACACAGAAGAGUCUGACAGGCUCAGACCACAGCCCCUCACUGAGGAGGACGUGGAUGCAGGCGUCCUUGAGAACCACUUGCUUUUCAUCCAAAGAAGGAGACUCUGUUUGAUGCGGUUGGUUGCAAAUGAUGGAGGUGUUUUGGAGCUACUGCCCAGACCAGACCAGCCUGCCUACAAGGCAAUGACACUUCCGCUUCUAGAAAGCCGGUUGCUGGUGUUUCGCAGCGAUCUCUUCAGCUUUUCAUACAAACCAGUGGGCAAGGAUGCCCUAGCCUUGAUGACAUGGAUUCUUGACACAGGGUCACAGGCUGCACGGCAGACUGCCAAAGGUUUUUUUGGUUCGGAUGAUGCGCUGCAGCACUCCGAAGCUCUUGGAAUCUUCGUUGGGCCUCCUAUGCCGACGGGCUACAGAAUGCACAUUAUGGCCAUGCACGCCCAUAUACCAGGCGGAGCAUAUGAUCUGGAAGGUUUCGAAUGCAUGUUGACAUCUGGCGUUGAUGGCUUUAUUCAUAUCCCAGCUUCGAGAUUUGACACGGAGCUAUACUGCUGCCCAGAAGGGGAGAAGAUUCCUGGUAUGAGUUACGUCAGACAUGCAGCCAUGAUGUCCGAGCAGGAGGUCACGUGCUUCGACAACCACUUCUUCGGCAUCCGGGAGGAAGAGGUGAGGACAAUGGCCCCGAACCAGCGGAUCAUAUUGGAGGAAGGGUACGCGUGUUUGCGGAAAGCUGGACUGGAACGCAAGUCGCUUUCCGGGCGCAACACAGCCACCUUCUUGGGUGAUACGGGCGCAGAUUGGGAUCCCUGGUUUUCGAUCAAGAUACUCGACAACCCCCUGAAUCCGCACCGUCCCAUCCCGUUUGGGAAUUGCGAAGCCAACCAUCUCACAUAUGGCGGACUCUCCAAGGCAGUAUCUGCCGGAAGGCUGUCGCACAUUUUUGGGCUGCGGGGUGGUUCCACAAACGUUGAUACUGCUUGCUCAGCCUCAUUGGUCGGGGUCUCGACGGCCGUCCAGUCCAUGAGGAAGGCCACCAGUGGGCAGGUCAAGCCCAUUGCAGACAAACACAAUAGCGAUGCUUUGUGCAUGGGCAUCAACAUGUUGACAAAUCCGGGAGUAUUCAUCGGCCUUUGUGGCCCAUCAAUGCUUGCUGCGAAGGGCCGCUGUUUCACGUUCGACGUUAGUGCCGAAGGUUAUGCAAGAGGAGAUGGCUUUGGCGCCGUUUACAUUAAGCCCAGUGACAAUGACAAAGACUACCUGGAUCAGCUUUGCUGCUUGAUGGGCGCAUACGUCAAUCAAGAUGGCAGAAGCGCAACUCUGACAGCUCCGAAUGGAAUGGCGCAGCAAGCCUGCAUUCGAGAUUCGAUGCGCGAGGCUAUGGUUGCUGCAAGCCAGAUCACGAUUGCAGAAUGCCAUGGUACCGGAACAGCUUUGGGAGAUCCAAUUGAAGUCGGCGCUUUGAGGGGAGUCAUGGAGCCUCGAGAGACCCCGCUGCUAGUCACAAGUGCAAAGUCCAACAUUGGACACACGGAGGCGUGCGCAGGAAUGAUCGGCCUCAUCAAGUGCGUCAGCAUGGUGUCAAGGUCCACAUCAGAUCCCAACUGCCACCUGAAUUCAUUGAACCCUCACCUGGAUGUAGACGGCUUUCCUACUUGCUUUGAAACAGAGUCAGUGGAGACCCGCCUUAACAGCAACUACGCUGGCGUGUCUUCCUUCGGCUUCAGUGGCACAAAUGCUCGGGCAGACGUGUGGAGCCAAUGCAAGUCCGGUCCCAGGAAGGCCAGCCACGAGCUGGACAUCUCGAAGGCUGACCAGGUGCACCUGCGCUGCCCAAUCACGCUUGGGUUAAUCGAAGCAACUACUGGUGAGCCGAUCACGGAAUCCUUCAAGAAGCGACGUGGUUACAAGGCUGAUGUCUUGCGUGAUGAAUGGGCGCCCUACGACAUUUCGUCGGAAGCAUAUGCUGGAGGUUUCCGUUACCGUCGCUUCGCGCAGGAGGAUGAAGAGGAUUUGGACCCCGAUGUUGAACUCUACAUCUUGGGGUCUUGGAGCGGAUGGACCAAGAUGGAGCUGAUGGAAAGAAAAGGUCCAGGACUUUACGUAGCACCGGUGAUUCUGGGCGAGACCCGGUAUGAAAUGUUUCGUCUUUGUCAAGACAGAGACCGAUCAAUGGAGAUCUAUCCUGUCAUCAAGGAUGCAUCGAGCAAGAUCUGGAUCGAGGGUCCCGACGCGAAGAGCAACGGUCGUUAUUGGCUGAUUGAUGGGCGCGAACUGGACAUGCCUAGCGGAACGCUUUGUGAGGUUGAAUUUCAUUGUGCAUCUCAGAUUAAGCGCAUCAGCUGGAAACAGAUUGGUGCCGCUAUUGAUGACAGCCUGGCGGAGCCGUUUGUGCAUAGCUACAGCCUGACUGGAAGCUUCACAUCGGGGCACUUCCAAGAAAUGCGCAUCGUCCAUAGUGGCAUGUGGGAGGGCACCUUUCGCCUUGGAGUCUCCGGCGAGGAGGACUUCCAGAUUGCCAGAGAUGGUGAUGUGAAUCAGCUCAUCUACCCGGCGAAAAACGGAGCCAUUCGAACUACCGUGCCUGUGCGUGGACCGGACAGUCUGGGACGCGGCAAGUUCUGGCGCAUUCACGGAAUGCCAAACGAGGACCUGCGAGUGAUCCUCGAGUUGGUUGACGGCCAUGUCAAGGUCACAGUUUCGUCAGAGAUCAGAGGAGACAAGACUUGGGAAAGCGAAGAUGGCUGGGAGCGCCAUAGCUACUUUGCAUAUGCAUCGUGGAGCAGCUGGGUGCCAGUGCAAAUGGUGGCGGAUCCUGAUGAGCCAGGUGUUUUCAAAGCCUAUGGCAGGAUGCAAGGAACAUUCUCUCCGCAGUACAACGCAUACGUGGAGCAGUUCUAUGUCAUCAUUGAUGAGGACAUGAAUCAAGCAUUGUAUCCUGAGCUGGGAAAUGCCCAGCCUUUUGAGUACAUUGUUGAAGGUCCUGGCUGCAACCACUCUGCGGCCUGCUGGCUAAUUCGUAGCUCCAAGCCAGACGCACGCUUCGAGAUUUCCGUGGAUCUGACAGCAGAUGAUCGGCGACGAAGGGUUUUCUGGACAUGGUUCGAUAAUAAGCCUUUGCCUUUGCAGGCCUAG